GCAAAAUAGUGGUCCACAGUUUUUAGCUAAAUAAGCAAUAAAAGUAAAAAGUAUAGAACUUAAAACAGAUGUUUCCUUUUUACAGAUAAUGUACUUUUAGAAGUACACCUUCGUUAUCCUUCUGGUGCAGCCCAUGAGGCAGGUUUAGGCAGUUUUAUGGUAACAAUUCCUCACACAAGAAGUGGAAGAAACAACAAACCUAAACAGCUCUCGUAAAAACAAUAUUCUCUGGGGAUGCAGUGAAAAGUGUAGGCUAUAAUCAUGAGCAUACCGAGAAUAAUGGUCUUUCGACCAACCUGGGAAGAGUUCCAGGAUUUCCCGGCAUACAUUGACUAUAUGGAGUCGAAGGGAGCUCACAAGGCUGGUCUCGUAAAGGUUGUACCGCCCCCGGAAUGGGUCCCGCGGAAGCAAGGAUACGACAUAAAGGAUAUCAACGUGACCAUACGUACACCGAUCUCGCAGGUGGUAUCGGGUAGGCAGGGCCUUUACCAGCAGCUAAACAUUCAGAAGCGAGCGAUGACAGUGCAGGAGUUUUACGAGAAAACGCAGGAGGAGCGACAUGCCACACCGAAGCACUUUGACUAUGCGGAUAUAGAGAAGAAAUUUUGGAAGAACAUAACGUAUGUCGCUCCCAUAUAUGGUGCGGACGUACCGGGCAGUUUGACCGAUCCGGACGUGAAGGUGUGGAACAUCAACUGCCUCGGGACCAUACUGGAUUACGUCAAUGCGGAUUAUAAUAUAUCGAUCGCAGGUGUGAACACGGCCUAUCUGUACUUUGGCAUGUGGAAAACCACGUUCGCAUGGCACACCGAAGAUAUGGAUUUGUAUUCGAUAAAUUAUCUGCACUUUGGAGCACCUAAGACGUGGUAUGCCAUCCCGCCCGAGCAUGGUCGCAAGCUGGAGAAGCUGGCGGAACGCAUGUUCUCGUUAAACUACCAGGAGUGUAAAGCGUUCAUGCGUCACAAGAUGACACUCAUUAGUACGCAGAUGCUGAAAGCGCACGGCAUACCGUUCAACAAGAUCACCCAGGAACCGGGCGAAAUAAUGAUCACCUUCCCGUACGGUUACCAUGCCGGGUUUAAUCAUGGCUUUAAUUGUGCGGAAUCGACCAAUUUUGCCACCGAACGAUGGAUCGAAUACGGCAAACGUGCGUCCGUAUGUAAUUGCCGCCCGGAUAUGGUGAAAAUUUCAAUGGAAACGUUUGUGCGUCGCUUUCAGCCGGAAGUGUACGAACUGUGGUUGCGUGGAGAAGAGUAUGGAUACCAUCCCGAAGAUCCAAACACCUUAUGCCUAGCACCGAAACCGAUGUUGCCCAAAAACUUCAAGAGCAAAUGCACCGAUAUAUCCGUUCCACAGAAGCGAGGCUGUGCACCGUUAAAAAUGGAGAAAAAGAAGGUAGCGAAAAAGACGAGCGAAAAGGCGAAAGAUAGACUGAAAUCCGUCUGGAGCAAGCUGGAGGGAAGGGAGUGCGGUGUCGCGACUGAUCUGCUUAUCGAUGGGCCAGUGAAAAGUAGCGCCAAACUAACCGAUCGCUUCCACACACGUACGAUCGAUCUGAUCAACGACAAUGCCGUUUAGUGGUGAUGAACGUUGAAUGGUUAGGAAUGCAAACGUUUACGAUCCUUUGGUAGUGCGUUAGUAGCGCACACUGUCGCUAUUAUGCAAGCCGGGAAAAUGAACACGACGUAGUGUAAUGUUAGUUUUGUACUGAACAACACAAUAUGUCUAAUGUAAUGGUUGAAAAUGGAACAGUGGUCAGAAGCAACCGUGCAAGGCAGACGGUAUUCGUCAGAAGCCGUGCUUGCGCAUGCCCUUAUUGCUGUGCAAUUAAUUGAUAGUUAGGUCAAUUUUGCGUUACUAGUAUUUGUAUUUCAUGGCCCGGUUAAAAAUAGUAUAUUUGAUAGUGCACGACUGAGCAAACGACACGCCUGAUCUGGAGACUUAGGACUAUGGGUAAUUCAAGUCAUAGGUAGCCUGACAGGUACGGCUAGACAGAUCGUUGCCUGCAACGGUUGUUCAGUUAACUUACAAGAGAAUGGUAAAGUAUUUGCAAUGGUAUUAUUGCAAUUACAAUGCACUGUUCGACCCUCUAGAUAAAGCAGAUCUCACAACGGAUACCGAUCCAUCUCGGUCGAAUCGUGCAGUCCUAGGAGAGUGAUGUGUGCGUGUGUUUUCUCCUUAUUUGUUCACUUCACUUCAAAACCCUCAACAUCAGUUUACCGGUACCGGUGGUUCGUGAUAUACGACCACUAGGCAACUGUAUGCAAUAAUUAAAUCUGCACAGCAACACUCAGCUAAGUAACGUAUGCUGCCUCGAUGUUGUCUCCCGGGAUGGGCAGCAACAUAAUGGGGGAUUGUUGCACUACACUAGAAUUCAUGUCCGUUCAUCGCAGAUUGGCCGGCAAAGGCAUAAUGCUGGAGAUCGGUUACUGCAUCGUUAAGCUACCAAAGUGCAUGAUGGUGGGCGCACGCCACCACCAGCUGGGGGAUGUCCGUCGAAGGAAAGGCAACAUAUUUAAUGUAUACAUUUAAAGAUGAGUUUGAGUUUGAGCUUAAGUAGCAUAUACUCAUUGACGCCCUCGACCGACUGUGGGUUUACACGUUCACACGCAUAGAAAUGGGAGGUGGUGGUCAAGGGAAACCUCGAACGCAAGACGAAAGGCGCCUAGCAAUAAAUAUUAAUCUUUUAUGUUCUACCCAAAAACCGGGAAGCUGAUUUUCGUUUCUCAACAAGGGCUUGCAAUAAUGCAACGGAACGGUGGAUAAAUAUAAAGUGUCAGUUACAGAAAAAAAGUCCGAAAUAACCAGUAGCUUCAGAUCGAUGAACGAUACCUCGAUACCGUUCCCGGGUAAAAUGAUGAUAUUAUUAGCAGCAAUAAUAAUUACAUACUACCAUACAUAUAUAUACAUACACAUGCACG